AUGGGCAACUCUGCCGACUGGACGAAUGCCCCCGACGCUGACGUGUCGGGUGGUCCCAACACCAAGAACGAGGGCUAUGGCGAAGCCGUGCCCACGUACGAGGCGCCCGCCGCCAACAACGACGACGGCGGCAUGCUCUCAAGCGAGGAGGGUGAACUCAUCAACUACAAGACUCUCAACUGGUGGCAAGGAGGUAUCGUUCUCAUUGCUGAGACGGUCUCCCUCGGCAUUCUCUCCCUGCCUUCGGUGCUGGCCACCGUCGGUCUCGUGCCCGCCAUUGUGCUUAUCCUCGUCAUGAGCGCGCUGUCGACAUACUCGGGCGUCGUGCUCGCCGAAUUCCGCCGCGCCUAUCCCUUUGUGCAGAACUUUGGCGACGCCGUCGAGGUCAUGGGCAAGCCCAUCGGCAUGGGCCGCCUCUUCCAGGAGAUCUUCGGUUGGGCGCAGGUCAUCUUCCAGGUCUUCGUCAUGGGCUCCCACCUGCUGACCUGGACCAUCUGCCUCAACACGCUGACCAACAGCUCGACCUGCACCAUCGUCUGGGCCGUCGUCGGUCUCGCCGUCUUCUGGGUCCUUAACCUGCCGCGCACCCUCAAGUGGACAUCGUACAUGUCCAUGACAUCGUGCCUCUCCAUCACCGUCGCCAUGCUCAUGACGCUCGGCGACGUCGCCGCCGAGAAGCCCAUCGGCUCAGGCUCGAUCGAAGUCGCCCGCCACCUCGGCUUCACCGGCGCAUUCCUCGCCGUCACCAACAUUGCCGUGGCCUUCUCGAGCCACUCGUGCUUCUUCAGCGUCAUUGGCGAGUUCAAGAACCCCGACGACUGGCCCAAGGCGCUUGCCCUGCUCCAGAUCUGCGACACGACCCUCUACCUCCUCGCCGCCAUUGUCAUCUACGUCUACGUCGGCCAGGACGUCCCGUCGCCGGCCCUCAGCGCCGCGCACUCUCCCACAAUGCGCAAGGCCAUCUGGGGCGUCGCCAUCCCCACCAUUGUCAUCGCCGGCGUCAUCUACGGCCACGUUGCCGCCAAGUACAUCUUCUCCCGCAUGUUCCGCGAUACCAAGCACAUGAUCCGCCGCACCAAGCUCUCCAACCUCGCCUGGGUCGCCGUCACCUUCGGCAUCUGGGUCCUCGCCACCGUCAUCGCCGAGUCCAUUCCCGUCUUCAACAGCCUGCUCGGCCUCAUCGCUGCCCUCUUCGCCAGCUGGUUCUCCUACGGCCUCCCCGGCAUCUUCUGGCUGUGGAUGCACAAGGGAAACUACUUCUCCAGCAAGGCGCAGACGUGCCGCUUCGUCGCCAACGUCGUGCUCUUCCUGACUGGCUUCCUCAUCUGCGUGCUCGGCCUGUGGGCUUCCAUCGAGGCCAUCGCCACGGAGAAGGGCACGAAGCCUUGGACGUGCGCUAGCAAUGCUGCCGAGUAA